AUGUCUGAAUCGUCGGGUAAUGCCCAUGGCUCUUCCACAGCCGCUGCUGUUCUCGAUGUAGCUGCGGUUGAUCAAGCCUUGGGCUCUCCCUCCACUUCCAUCCGAAUCGCCAAGCUUCACCAAUUGGACGGAUACCUUCGACAUAAAGUAUCCGACGAUGCAGCUAUUUCCGGGGUUUUGGGCAUGCUCUUCGCUACCCACCCAAUCUACAGAGACCGAGAAUCCAGACUCGCGGUUCAAAAUUGCUUCAUCACCAUAAUAUCGGCUGGAGCCAGCCCAAAGGUCCUCGAUUCCGUGGUUCAAGCCAUGCACCAGGAGAUGCAGAGACCAGGAAUUGCUAUAUCCAAUGCCUUUGUCAUCAUCGAAUGGUGUAGUCUGUUCAUGCAGCACGUCUCAGUCGCGAUUUGGGAACAGCUGGGCGAUGAGAUUCUUGUUACCGCCGCGAGCGCUGUAGAGAAAUGUCUACAGUCAAAUUCCAAGAGUGGUAUGGCUCGAUCAGCAACUGUCGUGACGAGACGUGGUAUCCGCAGGCUAUUUUCUUCGCCUGAUACUCGAGAAAAGCUCAUGACCUCGGCCGUCGAGACUCUCACCGCCAAAGCUGCCCAGCCAGUAGCCAAAAACGCCGUUGCUUUGGGUAUUAUUGCCGGAGUCUCAGCUCGUCAGGCGCCCUUGAAACCAAUCCUAGCAAGUCUUAAACCAAAGUACUACGAGUUCUAUUCGCGAGAAAUUGUUGGAUCACGAACUUGCUUACCAGAGCACGUGGCACUGGGCCUUGCCGAUUUCUUUUUCAACUUCGUCAGCCUCGAGGAUGUCGAAAAAGAUCUGGUACCUGCUAUUGAGAAAGGCCUCCUACUUGCUCCUGAAGUCGUUCUGGGAGGGGUCCUGAAGUCUUUAGUCACGUCAUUGCCUGACCAUUUCGAUCUUUCAAGGACAUUGAAUGAGAAGCUCUUGAAACCUCUUUUGUCCAAUAUCAAGUCCAGCAAUUCAUCCAUCCGCAGUGGAGCUAUCGAAACCUUCCGCGCAAUUGUAGCAAAUUGCUAUGAUCUCAAGACAUUGGAUCAUGUUGUCGACGAACUUGCCAAUCCCUUGGCGACAGGCAAGCUCCCCGCCGCGGAGCAGAGGGUCCUACAUUCUGAAAUGCUAGAAGCCACUCCCCUGUCGUCACAGAGUACCACAAAGGUCCUAACUUGUCUUUCGAGCAUAUCCACAAAAGAGGGAAACGAAGCUGCGCUUGCGGCCGAGACUUCAGCACUAGCUCACGCCGCCGUUCUAGCCCUCAAAGAAGGAACGAACCUCCCCAAAGCAGCCAUCGACGCUUUUGUUAAAGGGCUGGCAGAUAAGAAGCCUGGGCCAAGAAAAAUAUGGCUGCUACGGGUAGCUAAUAUCUUGCAGACCCUCGGGACCACCAGCGCGAAUGCCAGUCUCACUACGUUCGUCGAUGCAGUGAUUCCCAACCUCAUUGCAAACUUCCAGGAAGUCACCGUCAAUUCUGCCAAGUCAGCACAGUCUGGACUAGUUGUUGGAGCUUACAUUCUCACUGCAUUAAACCCGGCAUUGUCUCGUCAGUUCCCUGACUCCUCAAUAACUACAGACUUGGCCAAGGCGUCUAUUCCAACCCAAGCCUUGUCUUUGACCGCAAAAAAUUCUUUCUUGUUAAACAUCAAAGUCUACAGAAAACUCAAUACUGAAGAAGAUCUUCAGUGGCUCAGUAGAGCCCUGACAUCCGUGGCAGAGAGUCUCGACGACAAGACUGACGAGAGCGUUGCCCUUGCCUGGGCAGAGGCGCUUAUCUAUCUGAUUGCAGCACCUUCCAUUCCACCAAAGGUACAACGAGAGACUCUAAGGUCCCUCUCAAAACUCUACGUCGAUCGGGCCGAGUUAGUAUCUAAGCUUGUGAUUGCCGGGUUGUGGGACAAUUUUGACCUUGAUGAAGCCAAAGAGAAAGAUUUGAAAAUUCGCAAAUCCAAUUUUGUUCAUGUUUUGCGGUCAAUAUGUAUGGGUCCUGAUGAAAUCGCUGAACUUGGGGGUGAUGUACCGCAAGAGCAGUUGAAAUCCCAGGCGUGUUCGAUUUUGGUUCUAUCGAGACCAGAACUUAUCCCCCGAUCAAGCUGGAUUGACAUCUGCCUUCGUAUGGGACUUGACCCUGGUUCUCUCUCCAAGGAGUACACCAAUCGACUUCUCGGGGAAAUCAACAGACGGUCAAGUAUUGAGCAAAAGAUUAAUGUGAUCAAGCAGGCUGCUUACAACGCAGCCGCUGAAUUGGCAUUCGUCGCCCCUGAUGUCGUAACUCCACGGCUAAUGGAACUUAUCACCGGGGAUCUCGACCCAAGUCAGCUGCAGGACAUCGGCCCUGUUGAAGCAGCUAUUUACAGAACUCCGGAGGGGACUUGCUUCGUAGAUGUUCUAGCUAAGAAGGCGCAGAAUACGGCACCCAACAAAAACACCAAGGACUAUGACAUAUUGAAAUGGGAAGAAGAACUAAGAGGUCAGCUUGAGCAAAAGAAAGGUCAGCAACGAAAGUUAACGUCAGAGGAGACUGCAAAGGUAACCGCACAGUUGAACAAGGAGUCGGGCAUCAGAAGCUCAAUCAGGGCGAUCGAGGCAAGGCUGUUACGCGGCAUUGGAAUUAUCAAAUCGCUCGCAACUGGCCCACUGACGGAUGCCGCACUUUGGCUUUCUUCCUCUACCGGUCUAAUCCUUGACAUUAUUGAUGCAGGAGCCGGUCUAAUUAUUGGCGAUAUUGCGGCAUUGGCCUAUAUCCUGUGCUCUGGGAAGGUAUCACCAAGACUAGGGGCUAUUCGACAGUUCAUCGGGGUUGCUACUCUACGACUUCGAGGCAUUACCUUUUCAGAAAAUUACGAUGAGGAGAAACUGGAAGACCUCGUUACCAGAGUUCUUUACCGGCUUCGAUUCGCAGGUGAACAGCGUCCGUUUGAUUCUGUCUCACUGAUGUAUAUUUUGCCUCUUAUGCUGGACGUUCUCCAAAGGGGGGGUGUUGGAGAAGAUGGUGACGAUCGAGAUGCUCAACUUGUUUUGACUGUGGAAUUCCUUUCCUUCCACACUGGUGUUUUCUCCGACGAUGCAAUUCCGCGCACCGAGCUUCUUACUAUCCUCAUCCAGUCCAUGCUUCGACACACUCAGCAUUACAAGCUAAUAAGGGACUGCUUCGCUGACAUGUGCCGUUGUAUCGCGCCAAACAUGAGUCAGCCAGAGAUGCAGGUACUUGCUAAAGGUGCAAUUGUAGCCCAAUCGAGUGUCAGAACCAGCGUGUUACAGUCAAUUAGCUCCGAGGUAGAUAUGAGCGACCUCGGCUAUUCCGACGAAAUCUGGUUAGCAUGCCACGAUGAUGAACAAGAAAACCGAGAGCUUGGAGCCGAGAUUUGGGAAGAGAGCAGAUUCGCAGUUGACGCCACUGUUGUUAUGCGUAUGGUUCCAUAUCUGGAAAACAAAGACUCCCAGCUCCGCCGAGCUGCAGCUCGGUCGCUUGCCGAAGCUGCCCAGAGACAUAAGGAGACAUUACGUGAAGUAAUUCCCAAGUUGCAGUCAUUAUAUGUCGAAUUAUCGAAGCCCAAGGUUCAGCUCUUGGACGAGUUCGGAAUGCCCAAGAAGAUGGAUUUAUCUGAUCCUUGGGAGGCGAGGCAGGGCAUUGCGUCUGCAUUCAAGGAAAUGGCGCCUGUAAUAAGCAGACAACAAACUGAAGAACUCUUCAACUUUCUUAUCGAGUCAGGGCCACUUGGAGAUCGGAGCGAUAAUGUCAGAAGAGAGAUGUUGGACGCUGCCCUUGCGGCAAUUGAAGUUCGCGGCCAGAGCAUGAUUGACGAGUUGAUGAAAAAGUUUGAGCACACUCUGGAGCAGCCAGACAAGAACAGCACUGCAGCUGACCGCGUUGAUGAAGCGGUUAUCAUCAUGUACGGUGCUCUGGCCAGUCAUCUAUCUCCUGGCGACUCCAAGAUUCCGAUUGUUAUCGAACGUCUCCUUGCUACUCUUCGAACUCCAUCGGAGACUGUGCAAUUCGCCAUUGCUGAGUGCUUGCCACCACUGGUCAGGGCCUGCUCAGAUCAAUCUUCGAAGUACUUCGGCCAGGUCCUUGAUGAGCUGCUCAAUUCGAAGAAGUACGCGAACCAACGUGGCUCCGCAUAUGGCCUGGCUGGUCUCGUUCUUGGUAGAGGCAUCGGGUCGCUAAGGGAGUAUCGCAUCAUGUCUACUCUGAAGAGCGCCAUGGAAAAUAAAAAGGAGGCACACCAGCGUGAGGCUUCUCUUCUGGCAUUUGAACUUUUCGCCACAGUCCUUGGCCGUCUUUUUGAACCAUAUGUCCUUCAGAUUGUUCCACAGCUCCUCAGUGGCUUCAGCGACAGUAAUGCUGAUGUCCGUGAGGCUUGCCUCGCUGCUGCCAAGGCUUGCUUUGGUCGGUUGAGUUCCUAUGGUGUCAAGAAAAUUAUGCCUACUCUUCUUGACGGAUUAGAUGACCAACAAUGGCGUAGCAAGCGUGGAGCCUGCGAGUUGCUCGGUGCCAUGGCCUAUCUCGACCCCAACCAACUAGCAAAUAGCUUGCCGGAAAUUAUUCCACCCCUGACGGGUGUUUUGAAUGACAGUCACAAAGAAGUCCGGGCUGCUGCUAACCGAAGUUUGAAGCGAUUUGGAGAAGUCAUUAAUAACCCGGAAAUCAAGAGUCUGGCUGAUAUUCUCCUCAAGGCUCUAAGUGAUCCCACCAAGUACACAGACGACGCCCUGGACUCCCUCAUCAAAGUUCAAUUUUUGCAUUAUCUCGAUGCGCCUUCCCUGGCACUGGUCACACGCAUCCUUCAGCGUGGUCUGGCUGAUCGUUCAAAUACCAAGCGUAAGGCUGCCCAGGUUAUCGGUAGCCUGGCACACUUGACAGAAAAGAAAGACAUCAUUACACAUCUUCCCGUCCUCGUUGCUGGUCUUAAGAUUGCCGCCGUGGAUCCUGUGCCUACAACCCGCGCUACUGCUUCUCGAGCUUUGGGAUCUCUUGUCGAGAAACUUGGCGAGGAAGCUAUGCCCGAUCUCAUCCCCGGAUUGAUGGAAACCCUCAAAUCUGACACUGGUGCUGGAGACCGUCUUGGAUCCGCUCAAGCUUUGAGCGAGGUUCUCGCCGGCUUGGGCACGGCCAGGCUCGAGGAGACUCUUCCGACCAUUUUGCAGAAUGUCGACUCGUCCAAACCGGCCGUUAGGGAAGGUUUUAUGUCACUCUUUAUUUUCCUUCCUGUAUGCUUCGGAAAUAGCUUCUCCAACUAUCUUGGUCGUAUUAUUCCUUCUAUCUUGGCUGGGCUUGCUGACGACAUUGAAUCGAUUCGCGAAACUGCACUUCGAGCCGGAAGGCUUCUAGUCAAGAACUUUGCAGUCCGCGCUGUGGAUCUUUUGUUGCCCGAACUUGAGCGUGGUCUGGCAGAUGAUAGUUAUAGAAUUCGCCUCAGCUCGGUUGAGCUAGUUGGCGACCUUCUAUUCAACCUUACCGGUGUCAAGGCAAACUCUGAGCCAGGAGAUGAGGACGACGAGGAAGCUGUCAAGGAGGCUGGUGUUUCGCUCAAGGAGGUUCUUGGAGAGGAGAAACGAAACAAGAUCUUGUCUGCACUAUAUGUAUGCCGUUGCGAUACUGCAGGCGCAGUGCGGUCAGCUGCUAUUGCCGUCUGGAAAGUUCUCGUGCACAGUCCAAAAAUUCUCAAGGAACUUGUGCCCACUCUCACUCAGUUACUCAUUAGGAGACUCGGCAGUUCAAAUAUGGAGCACAAAGUCAUUGCAAGCAACGCACUUGGAGAACUCAUUCGCAAAGCUGGAGAUGGAGUUCUCUCAAGUCUCCUUCCCACUUUGGAGGAAGGUUUGCAAACGUCCACGGAUUCAGACGCCAAGCAAGGCAUUUGCUUGGCUCUGCGAGAACUCAUCUCCUCUGCUUCUCCCGAAGCCAUGGAGGAUCACGAAAAGACACUCAUAUCUGUGGUCCGCACGGCACUCACCGACUCUGACGAAGAGGUCAGAGAAGCCGCCGCAGAAGCAUUCGACUCGCUCCAGCAGAUCCUGGGCAAGAGAGCCGUUGACCAAGUCCUGCCUUUCCUCCUGAACCUCCUGCGAUCCGAGGAUGAUGCAGAGAAUGCCCUGUCCGCUCUUUUGACCCUCCUUACAGAGACUACUCGCUCCAAUAUCAUUCUGCCAAACCUGAUUCCCACGCUUAUCACUCCUCCGAUUUCAGCAUUUGAUGCCAAGGCGCUAGCAUCUCUGUCAAAGGUUGCUGGUGUCGCCAUGAACCGUCGCCUGCCUGGUAUUAUUAACUCUCUUUUGGACAAUGAGAUCAGCUGCAAGGAAGAAAGUCUUCGUGUCGACUUGGAGAGCUCAUUUGAUGCUGUCCUUCAGUCUAUCGACGAGUACGAUGGCUUGAAUACAGUCAUGAACGUUCUUUUGGGCCUCAUCAAGCACGAGGACCAUCGGCGGAGAGCGGCCACUGCACGCCACAUUGGGCACUUUUUUUCCGCCGCCGCAGUCGAUUAUUCACGAUACAACCAGGACAUUAUUCGGUCGUUGCUCAACGCCUUCGACGACAGCGAUUCCGAUGUCGUCAAAGCCGCUUGGGCAGCUCUGAACGAAUUUACAAAGAAGCUUAGAAAGGAAGAAAUGGAAUCUCUCGUCACAUCCACUAGACAGACUCUACUUCGAGUCGGUGUUGCUGGCUCUAACCUGCGUGGCUUCGAGCUUCCCAAGGGCAUCAAUGCAAUUCUGCCUAUUUUCCUUCAGGGGUUGAUGAAUGGCACUGCCGAUCAAAGAGUCCAGGCUGCCCUUGGUAUUUCAGAUAUUGUCGACAGAACAAGCGAAGCUUCUCUGAAACCCUUUGUAACACAAAUCACUGGUCCUCUCAUUCGCGUUGUGUCUGAGCGGGCUAUCGAGGUCAAGGCUGCCAUUUUGCUGACGCUGAAUAACCUUCUGGAUAAGAUACCUACGGCAUUGAAGCCGUUCUUGCCUCAGUUGCAACGAACUUUUGCAAAAUCACUGGCUGAUGCUUCUAGCGACGUUCUCCGAAGCAGGGCAGCCAAGGCGCUUGGCACUCUGAUCAAAUAUACCCCCCGUAUCGACCCAUUGAUCGCUGAACUGGUCACUGGAUCCAAAACCAGUGAUCCAGGUGUCAAGACUGCCAUGCUCAAAGCGCUUUACGAGGUGAUCAGCCGAGCUGGUGCAAACAUGGGCGAGACCUCCAGGACCGCAGUCUUGUCUUUGAUUGACAUGGAUACUGAUGAGCGUGACGAGACCAUGACUGUUACCAAUGCCAAACUGUUAGGUGCUCUUGUCAAGAAUGUGCCUGAGGAAGCUGCAACAUCCCUGCUCAAAAGUCGGGUGAUGACGUCUCAUUUCAGCAGCUCAUCAGUGCUGGCCCUGAACUCCGUGCUCGUUGAGUCACCAGAUACCCUGUUGCAGAGUGCAUUGGCCGAUGAAUUGCCCGACUUGCUGUGCCAGGGCAUGGCCAACAAGAAUCCAUUUAUAGCCGAAAAUUUAAUUCUGGCCACGGGCAAGGUGCUCCUUUCAUCUCCCCCCAAGAACUUUGAUAACAGCAAGAAGAUCUUUGAGGUUCUAGCCGAAGCCAUCCAACCCGGAAAAACCACCGACUCCAGAAGAUUAGCGCUUGUGGUCGUACGUACCCUCAGCAGAACAAACAUGGAUCUUGUUCGACCUCACGUUUCCCUGCUGGCAGGGCCCAUAUUCGCCAGUGUGAGAGACCCUGUGAUCCCUGUUAAACUGGCUGCCGAGGCGGCCUUCGUGGAGCUGUUCAAUAUUGUAGAUGAAGACAGCAGGGUGUUUGACAAGUUUAUGGCUGGCCCAGGGGCUGAUAUGCCAGGUGGUACAAAGAGAAGCAUGACCGACUACUUCAAGCGGGUAGCCAUGAGGUUGGGCGCUCAGGCUAGAGAGAGACGAGAAGCUGAAGGUGGGCAGGGUGGAUUGGGUCUGUCGAAUGACGAGCAAGAAGAUGAGAAGGAAAUAUGGAGUGUCGGCAAGCUCGAAGUUGCUGGUGAAUCAUCUGCAUGA